AUGGCUGAUAAGCUCACCCGUAUCGCCAUUGUCAACAGCGACAAGUGUCGACCCCGGAAGUGUCGUCAAGAAUGCAAAAAGUCGUGCCCUGUUGUUCGCAGUGGUAAACUUUGCAUCGAAGUUACCCCCGAGUCUCGCCUGGCCUUCAUUUCCGAGGGUCUUUGCAUCGGUUGCGGUAUUUGCCCAAAGAAAUGCCCCUUCGACGCCAUCACCAUCAUCAACCUGCCCACCAAUCUCGAGAACCAGGUCACCCAUCGCUAUGGCCCGAACAGCUUCAAGCUUCAUCGUCUACCGAUGCCCCGACCCGGUCAGGUUCUCGGACUUGUCGGAACCAACGGUAUCGGCAAGAGUACCGCCCUGAAGAUUCUCAGUGGCAAGUUGAAGCCCAACUUGGGCCGCCAUGACAGCCCUCCAGACUGGGAGGAUGUCAUUAAGCAUUUUCGCGGUUCUGAGCUGCAGAACUACUUUACCAAACUUCUCGAAGAUGACCUCAAGGCAGUUGUCAAGCCUCAGUACGUUGACCAGAUCCCCAAAGCUGUUCGUGGCCCAGAGAAGAGUGUCAAGGCGUUGAUCUCGAGUCGGGCCUCGCUCAACAAUGUGGAAGAGGUCGCCAACGUUCUUGAGCUCAACCACAUCAUGGAUCGUGACAUUACUCUCCUCUCUGGCGGUGAACUUCAGCGGUUUGCCAUUGGCACGGUCUGCGUCCAAAAGGCCGACGUGUACAUGUUUGACGAGCCUUCGUCCUAUCUCGAUGUUAAACAGCGUCUGAGUGCUGCCCAGAUGAUUCGAUCUCUUCUUCGCGAUGACGACUACGUCAUUGUUGUCGAGCACGAUUUAUCUGUUCUCGAUUACCUUUCGGACUACGUCUGCGUUCUGUACGGACAGCCUGCCGUCUAUGGUGUCGUCACAUUGCCUUACUCUGUGAGAGAAGGUAUCAACAUCUUUCUGGAUGGUCAUAUUCCGACAGAAAACUUGCGUUUCCGUGACGAGUCUUUGACUUUCCGUAUCGCCGAAGGCACCGACGAGUUUGCCAUUGACAAGUCUCGGGCUUUCAAAUACCCCAAGAUGGAGAAGCAGCUAGGCAACUUCAGACUUCGGAUCGACUCAGGCGAAUUUACUGAUUCCGAGAUCAUCGUCAUGAUGGGAGAGAACGGCACUGGCAAGACCACCUUUUGCCGCCUUCUGGCUGGCGCUCUCAAGCCUGACAGCAAGGCUUCCGUUCCCGACAUGCGUAUCAGCAUGAAGCCUCAGACCAUUACCCCCAAGUUCGAGGGUACCGUGCGACAGCUCUUCUUCAAGAAGAUCAAGCAAGCUUUUCUCAACCCCCAGUUCCAAACCGACGUCGUCAAACCACUCAAGCUUGAGGAUUUUAUUGACCAGGAGGUGAAGAACCUGUCCGGUGGUGAACUUCAACGUGUUGCCAUUGUGCUCUCCCUCGGCAUGCCCGCCGACAUAUACCUGAUUGAUGAGCCUUCCGCUUAUCUCGACUCCGAGCAACGUAUCAUUGCCUCGCGCGUGAUCAAACGCUUUAUCAUGCAUUCCAAGAAGACGGCUUUCAUCGUCGAGCACGAUUUCAUAAUGGCUACGUAUCUUGCCGACCGUGUCAUUGUCUUUGAUGGCAAGCCGGGUAUCGACGCCCACGCCAACCGACCCGAGUCUCUUUUGACUGGCUGCAAUACGUUCCUGAAGAACCUCGACGUCACUUUCCGUCGCGAUCCCACCAACUACCGCCCCCGUAUCAACAAGCAGGGAUCUCAACUCGACCAGGAGCAAAAGCUGGGAGGCAACUACUUCUUCCUGGAAGAAACCCCCGACAAAAGCUCUUGA